ACAAUCACUCUUGAAUACCUGACAGUGCAUCAUUUAUUCGCGUGCUCUGUAGGUUUGUGCGCAAAAAUAACACCAGAUAUCGAAUCGGAGCGAAGUGAAAAUAUUAAUUAAUGGUAGAAAGUCAGUCUGUGUACAUAUGUAAUAGAUGUGAAAGUGGAAAAGCGACAGCAUUUAUGGAAUAGUUAGAUGUUCUAAAGACAAGAUUUUACUUGGUAUACGCAAAUUUAAUUUUGAAAUUGCUCAACAGCGCACUUACAAUGAAAUUGGACGAUUUUGGCGCUGGUUGCGUCGGUGGGGCAUGCGGAGUUCUCAUUGGUCAUCCUUUGGACACUAUUAAAACAUGGCAACAAGCUUCGAAUUCAUCAGUACCAAAGGCUAUACGUCAAAUCUAUAAUCGUAACAAUGGGUUAAAUGGCUUUUACAGAGGGAUGCUAUUUCCGUUCGUCACAACGGGCGCCAUUAAUUCAAUACUCUUCGGUAUCUAUGGCAAUCAUUUGAGACAACUACGCCGUGUUUGCCACAGUGAUUAUCAGCGCGAACAGUUGGAGUAUCAAAAUAUGUUCAUUGCUGGAUCCAUUGCCGGCUUUGUGCAAUCUUUUAUAGCAUGUCCUAUUGAGUUGGUCAAAGUGAGACUUCAGACACAUUGUUAUUAUAAUGAAUAUAUUUUCGGACAAAGGCGAACACCAUGGGGUGUUUUUAAAAAAGUUAUAAAAGUUGACGGAGUUUCUGGAUUGUACAGAGGCUUGCUACCUAUGAUGUGUCGCGAUGUGUUUCCUUACGGUAUUUAUAUGAUGGUGUACCGUCAAACUGUUGAUUUCCUAGAAACUACACCGUUGGUCCGUAAACGUCGAAAGUCAAAUGAAGGUUCUAAUGUUGACUUUCUGGUGACAACAUUGGCGGGCGCUUGGGCUGGCAUUCUUUCAUGGGUGUGUGUGAUUCCUUUCGAUGUGGUGAAGACUAUAAUGCAAGCGGAGAGUAAUAAACAAUACCGUAACAUCAGGCAUUGUUUGGUGAAAAAUUUUAAACUAUAUGGAUGGCGCCGUUUAUUCCGUGGCAGUUGGAUGUUAGUGGUUCGUGCAAUGCCCGUAAAUGCAGCAACAUUUUUAGGAUACGAAUAUGCUUUGGAAUGGUUUCACAAAUUAAAUGACUCUUAUAUUUGAGAUUGAAA